AUGUCAACUCUCAAUCCUACAGUGACUCAGAAACUAAUGUCAAAUGCCAAUCCUACAGACUCAGAAACUAAUGUCAACUGUCAAUCCUACAAGGAAACUAAUGUGAACUGUCAAUCCUACAGUGACUCAGAAACUAAUGUCAAUUGUCAAUCCUACAGUGACUCAGAAACUAAUGUCAACUGUCAAUCCUAUAGUUACUCAGAAACUAAUGUCAACUGUCAAUCCUACAGUGACUCGGAAACUAAUGUCAACUGUCAAUCCUACAGUGACUCAGAAACUAAUGUCAACUGUCAAUCCUACAGUGACUCAGAAACUGUCAACUGUCAAUCCUACAAGGAAACUAGUGUGAACUGUCAAUCCUACAGUGACUCAGAAACUAAUGUGAACUGUCAAUCCUACAGUGACUCAGAAACUAAUGUGAACUGUCAAUCCUACAGUGACUCAGAAACUAAUGUCAACUGUCAAUCCUACAGUGACUCAGAAACUGUCAACUGUCAAUCCUACAGUGACUCCGAAACUAAUGUCAAUUGUCAAUCCUACAGUGACUCCGAAACUAAUGUCAACUUUCAAUCCUACAGUGACUUAGAAACUAAUGUCAACUGUCAAUCCUACAGCAACUCAGAAACUGUCAACUGUCAAUCCUACAGUGACUCAGAAACUAAUGUCAACUGUCAAUCCUACAGUGACUCAGAAACUAAUGUGAACUGUCAAUCCUACAGUGACUCAGAAACUGUCAACUGUCAAUCCUACAGUUACUCAGAAACUAAUGUCAACUGUCAAUCCUACAGGGAUUGUCCACUAUUAUAUAUUAUUGCUAUCUGA